GUAAAGUUCCAACCGCACCCCCUUAUCUUGUUUUUCUUGGAAAGCCAAAGUUCUAUCUACAAAUUCUAAAUACAAUGCCAAGAGCCACACAUGUUAUUACAUGCAAAGCUGCAAUAUGCUGGGGGAAAGGAAAGACAGUGACGGUUGAAGAGAUAGAAGUAGAUCCACCAAAGGCAACAGAAGUUAGAGUUAAGAUGUUGUGUGCAAGUCUCUGCCACACAGACAUCUCAAGCAUUCAAGGAUUUCCUCAUAAUCAAUUUCCUCUAGCACUUGGACAUGAAGGAAUUGGUGUUGUAGAGAGUAUUGGCGAUGAAGUAAGAAAUCUAAAGGAAGGGGAUUUUAUAAUUCCAACAUACAUAGGAGAAUGUGAAGAAUGUGAGAAUUGUGUUUCAGGAAAAACCAAUGUGUGUUUGACACAUCCUGUGAGGUUGACUGGUCUAAUGCCAGACAACAGUUCAAGGUUGUCAAUUAAAGGGCAAAAACUAUACCAUGUUUUGAGUUGUGCUACAUGGUCAGAAUAUGUGGUUGUUGAUGUCAACUACCUUACUAAAGUUGAUCCAAACAUUAAUUUGGCUUAUGCUAGUUUCAUCUCAUGUGGCUUUUCAACUGGUUAUGGAGCUUCUUGGAAGGAAGCCAAAAUUGAAACUGGUUCAACUGUUGCUGUUUUUGGUCUUGGAGCUGUUGGAUUAGGGGCUAUAAGCGGGGCCAAGAUGAUGGGAGCAAGUAAGAUAAUUGGGAUAGACAAAAAUGAAAAGAAGAAAGAAAUAGGAGAAGCUUUUGGAAUGACUCAUUUUAUAAAUCCAAGUGGUUCUGAUAAAUCUCCUUCAGAAUUGGUCAAAGAGUUGUGUGGAAUGGGUGUAGAUUAUUGCAUUGAAUGCACUGGAGUUCCAACUUUACUAACUCAAUCUGUGGAAGCCACAAAAGUGGGAAUAGGUAAAACAAUUGCGGUUGGUAUAGGAGCUGAACCUGUUGCACCAUUUGGACUUCUUGCCAUGUUGUUUGGUAGAACCUUGAAAGGUUCUUGUUUUGGAGGUGUCAAAACUAAAUCUGAUCUUUCAAUCAUAGCUAACAAAUGUCAAAAAGAGGAAUUUCCUCUUCAAGAACUUUUCACCCAUGAGGUCUCUUUGGUAGACAUAGGAAAAGCAUUUGAGUUCUUGAAACAACCCAAUUGUGUGAAAGUUGUCAUCAGAAUGUGAUAUUCAUCCCAACAAGUGUUACAGCUAAGACCAAAUUUUCAAGAAAGUCUGCGAAGAUAAUAAUUUUUUAAAACGGAAACAGAAAAUAAUUACUGGUGUUAUUUUGGCUUUUUCAAAAUAAUUGUAAACUAGAUUAUGGCCCGCGCACUGCGCGGAUAUUAA